AUGAUGCCUUCUCUGACGACAACUACUUGCACCAAACCGCAGAGUAGCCGCGCCGAAGGUGGGAAGAAGGCCGGUUUGCCUCCGCGUCCUCCUCGUCCUCCGCACUCCAGCGUCCCUCGGGCGAGGGCUCAGCCGUCUACGCCUGCUUUCAUGUUCAACUCCCUGCCGUCGACGCCGGCACCGGUCGGUAUCCACAACGUGGCCGGUCCGUCAUUGUUGCCUCCGAUUCCGUUCACGGGGAAGAGAGUGUCCGGCGCUACUCCGCCGCCGAUAAAGGCUCACCAAUGGGACGACAGUGACGAUAUGAUCGUGUCAGGGCUGAAUUCGCUGUUGGCGGCUCAGAGUCCUUCAAGAUCGGUCUACCCGAAGGCAAUGGAGAUGAGCGUUGGCGUGGAGAGCGGGAAAGAAGUCGCUCAUGGUGAAAGCAUGGACGUGGACACUCCCCUUACCGGUGGGCAAAACCAGACAACAUCGGGUGUGAAGAGAAGAGCAGUACAAGACACUCGUAGCGAAGGAAACGAUGUCGAUGUCGGCCGCCUCGAGUUUGAUGCCAGCCUGUUUACUGAAUCUGAACUAGAGAAGAUUCUGGUCGAUCCUUCUCUCAGAGAGUUGGCCGCAACUAAUCCUUCGCGUGUGACAAGAAUCUUGACAAACCGGAGCUCAGCUGCACGUUCAAAGGAGAAGAAGGCCAAGUACGUCUCCUGCUUGGAAAACCAUGUACAGAAUUUACAGGACGACGUUUGGACAAUGACUGUAAAGCUCAAGGAUUUGGAGAGAGAGAAAGCGGAGCUGGAACCCGAGAACUUUCAACUCAAGUUUUGUCUUGACGGAAUGCUUAAGGAGGCCGAACUUAGUAUUUCCUUCACCGAACACUUGACAGAAGAAAUCCAUCGGCUGAAGAUGCUAAACGGCAGCGAAUAUGACAGGUCCAACAUCCAGCCAAUGGACGCAAACAUGUACCAGCCGCAACCAUGUCCCAGCAGCAACCAGCAGUUUCCUCCGCCGCAAGCAUGUCCCAGCAGCAACCAGCAGUUUCCUCCGCCGCAAGCAUGUCCCAGCAGCAACCAGCAAGAAUCCUCGAUUGAAAUGGGUGAUCAUACGGAUACCAAUAUGAUGAUGCACAGAGCUAAUUCGUCCUCUGCUACUUCCUCUUCGUCGAUCCCUAACCCUAAUCAGCACCUGACUCCUGCUAUUUUCCGCUCCCAGCAGUUUCCUCAGUACAGACAGCCUUUCACCGUUGGUAAUAACGGCGCCGCCGCCGGAAAUAGGGUCGGAGCUCCGCCGCCGAUUCCCCCCGUUUCUCACUACUCUCAGAUCCCGGCGACCUUACAACCCAGGCAUUCCCGGUCUAUGUCGCAACCGUCCUCCUUCUUCUCCUUCGAUUCCUUGCCGCCGUUAAAUCCCUCUCCGACGAUUUCGGUGUCGGUGGAGGAGAGAAACGGCGCCGCUGGAUUCAGCCCUUCGCUGCCUCCGUCACCGUUCACGAUGUGUCCUUCCAGCUCUAGGAUGGCCGGAGAUGGCGAGAAUCUACCGCCGAGAAAGUCUCAUAGGCGUUCGAACAGCGAUGUGACAUUUGGGCUUAGCUCGGUGAUGGGUCAGGGCCAAAAGUCGCCUCCUUUCAGGUCCUUGGAGAGGUCGAUCUCAGGGGGAGAGGUUUCAGAUUGGUCUAAUCUGGUGAAGGAAGAGCCAUGCUUCGAAAGACAAGGCUCCUUCUUCAGGGGAAGAAAACCUGAUAACGAAGCCAUGGACGAUGUUUUCACGGCCUACAUGAAUCUUGAUAACAUUGAUGUGUUGAAUUCUUUUGGAGGUGAAGACGGCAAGACAGGUAACGAGGCUGUGGAGGAGAUGGAGAGCAGUAGAGGCAGCGGGACGAGGAAGACGAACGGCGGAAGCAGCAGUGACUCUGAAGGAGAAAGCAGUGCGAGUGGGAACGUGAAGGUUGCGGUGGCUUCUUCUUCUUCAGGCGUGAAGAGGAGAGCCGGCGGAGACAUUGCUCCGACAGGCAGACAUUACCGGAGCGUUUCGAUGGAUAGCUGUUUCAUGGGGAAGAUGAAUUUCGGUGAUGAGUCAACGGCGAAGCUUCCGCCUUCAUCAUCAGCAGUAAAAGUGGUUUCCCCAACGAAUUCAGGUGAAGGGAAUUCGAGUGGCUACAGUGUGGAGUUUGGGAACAGUGAGUUUAGUGCAGCUGAAAUGAAGAAGAUUGCAGCCGAUGAGAAACUCGCUGAGAUUGUAAUGGCUGACCCUAAGCGUGUCAAAAGAAUAUUGGCGAACCGUGUGUCUGCCGCACGCUCAAAGGAGCGGAAGACGAGAUACAUGGCAGAGUUGGAACACAAGGUGCAGACGCUGCAGUCCGAAGCUACUACAUUAUCAGCUCAGCUCACGCAUUUGCAGAGAGAUUCAAUGGGGUUGACGAACCAGAACAGUGAGCUGAAGUUUCGUCUUCAAGCUAUGGAGCAACAGGCACAACUCCGCGAUGCUCUGUCCGAGAAACUGACUGAAGAAGUGCAGCGACUGAAGCUGGUGACCGGGGAGCCGAGCCGGAGCAGCGAGUCCAACGCAUCGAUAAACCCGGAGAUGUUUCAGCAGCUUAGUAUUAGCCAGUUACAACACCAGCAGAUGCAGCGUUCAAAUCAGAAUAGCAACACAGUGAGAGCAAAGCACACAUCAAAUGAAUGAAUAGGGAGGGGGUAACAAGUGUGGUUACAUACAUAUAUAUGAUCAUCAUCUUUUUAUGUGCAGAGUCUGUUUUUGCAUCAUUUUAAAGAAACAUAGAAAGAGGAAACCUCCAUCAUAUAUCCUGAACCUGAAACAGAUACAUAUAUAUAUAAUAUUAUUAUUAUAGUGGUAAUAGAGGCUCUGCUUCUGGACAGAGUGAAUUCUUCUGUCGUUUUGAUCAUAAUACAGUUGGCAUUUCAUUUCAUUUACCUUUGGAUUUGGAUUUUCAUUUUUA